UCAUCAUGGCGUUUGAGCCUUUCCAACUGAGCGAGGUGCUGGCCAUUGCCAAAGUCCACCCCUUCUACGUUGACGAGAUUCAAUAUCCUCCCGACCAAAAGGAAACUCAAGUGCUGAGAGAAAAGGCGAAGAAUGAGGAAGAAACAGCAAAUGGUGGCUUGUCUUCACGGCCCAUCAUCUGGAAGAAGGAUCUCUACAACACCAUUCAGCGUCUCGUCAACGAUACUGAUCCUGAAAAUACAUAUCGUCAGAGCGUGUAUGCGAGUAUCACUGGUGGCGGAUUUGGUUCGAAGCCACUGUUCUUUGGGACGGAUGUGUACGAGAAUCGCAAGCAUAGGGCACAUUUCGGGCGGUUUCUCAGAACUAUUGGGGUCCUCGAACCCGGAGAUUGGGCGUUGACGACUCAUUGCGCCGGCGAGCUCUACAGAUCUCUGGACCUCAUGCUUGAGAUCAUGGAAAACGCCGGAGCCUCGGUUCUCAGCGCUGGCAACUUUAUGCCUCCCCACGAAGUUGCCAAACUGCUGGCCAAGUACCACAUCAAUGUCUUUGCUGGAGACAGCAGCCAGGUCGUCCAGAUGGUGCACCACAUCUCGACUCUCCCCGAGGAGGAGCGCGCUCUCAUCAAGCUCGACAAGAUCAUCUACACCUCCGAGGUGCUCACUUCUGCCCAACGAGCACACAUCAAGGAGACGCUCAAGUCUGUCAAGAUUUACUCCAUCUUGGGCAGUGCAGAGGCAGGUCCGUGGGCGGCGAGCAGCCCUGAUAUCACCGGACGAGUGAGCACGACGAGCGAAGAGGACCUGAUUUUCGAUACGAGGGCUAUGCUGCUCGAGGUCUUUCCGUCGUCGCUUGCCCCGGGCGAUGAGAAUGCCAAGCCGCUGCCCGAGGGAGAGUCGGGCAUGGUUGUGCAGACGUCGCUUUCUCGUCUGCGCAAUCCGCUGGUGAGAUAUGUCACGGGCGAUAUUGGAUCGGUUCAUCCUCUGCCUGAUUCUUCCCGGGACAAGAUUCCCGCAGAGGACUGGCCGCAUCUUCGCAUUCUUCGACUUCAGGGUCGUGAUAGAAGGGUCAGCUUUGAUUGGGAUGGGGAGUAUAUCCAGUUUGAAGACAUGGCCGCCUUGCUGAACAAUGAAGAGUGUGGCAUCUUGCAGUGGCAGAUUAUCCUCGACAAGCUGGAGCCUUCACUGGAGUCGUGUCUAGAGGUCCGACUGAUGUGCUCUCCGAGGACGUCGCGGGUGCUUUCGCUUGAGGCGCUUGUUGAUCGGAUCAAGGGGUUCUUGCAUGUCAUUUCGACGAAUGAGUAUCGCUUCAAGGCGACUUUUGUUGAUGAGUUGGAUGGCUUUGUGAGAAGCACCACGGGGCGGAAGGUGAUCAAGUUUGUCAACCGUUACAACUAAUUGUCUUUAUCUUGAUCAAGA